AUGAAGACUGUUAGAACCAUAUCUUUGCUUGUUUUCUUCAGCUCCAUUAAAUGUCAGACUCUUCAGAGAAGUUUACUAGAUGCAGCCAUGCAGCACUCUAAUAGCCAGAAUUAUCUAGAGGAGAACUUGAGAGCUGUCACUAGUAUUAUGGUUGCACAGUUUCUUCAGAAAUUGACUUAUGAAAAAGUACAAACCAUAGUUAAAGAAUUGCUAGAUCUUGCAGAGAAGUGCAAGAGCCUCAAGCCACAUGAAUCACCUUCAGAAUGUUGUCACCAAUUGAUGACUACCUUCCUAGAGCAUAUUUGCAAUAACCAAGGGUUGGCUGACAGACAUGUGUUUUCUGACUGUUGCAAUACAAAUAACUCAGCAAGACACAAGUGCUUCCUGUCAUACAAAAAGGAUGUUGCAGGUUACAGUGAUAUAUUCCAAAUUUCAAAUCCUGAGCAGAUCUGUGAGAUGGACAAAGAGAAUCAUGUGCCAGUGAAAGAGAAGUACAUUUAUGAAACUUCUAGGAAGCAUCCAUUCUUGUAUGGACCCACUAUUCUGACCAUGUCUGCUUGCUAUGAAACAGCUGUUCGGUCUUGUUGCCAAGAAGACAAUAAGACUGAAUGCUUCCAGAUAAAGCUAGAACCCAUCAGAAAAUACGUUAGAGAAAUAUCUUCGAGGCAUCACCACUUAUGUGAGAUUGGGAUUAAAUUCAACCACAAAGUAGCAAAAGCAGUGGAAUUGGUUCUGUUGACUAAAAAACAACCUAAAGCUAACUUUUCUGAAAUUGCCAAACUGGCCACGGAUAUUAAAAAUCUGCAUCAGAUCUGUUGUGAAGGAAAUACAGUAGGGUGUGUGCUUGGCAGAAGCCAGCUUAUGAACUAUACCUGCUCUAAACAGGCUACACCAUCCAGCAAGAUCACUCCAUGCUGUGAACUGCCAGAACCAUUCCGAGGGGAAUGCAUUAUCAACUCAGAAAAUGACAAACCUGAUCUCUCAUCCCUGCCACUUAGCAGGUUUACAGAAGACCAGUUUGUAUGCAAACAAUUCACUGACAAACAAGAUGACUUCCUACAAGAGUUUCUUUAUGAAUAUUCAAGAAGACAUCCAGAGUUGGCAGUUCCAGUGAUUUUAAGAGUGGAUACAGUAUAUCAAAACUUACUGGGAAAAUGCUGUAAAUUAGAAAAUCCUCUGGAAUGCUAUAGUCAUGGGGAAGAGAUGUUUCAAAGAGUGGUUCGUGAAAGCCAUGAGCAUGUGAAAAAUCAGUGUGAUUUACAUGAGAAAUUAGGAGAUAGUAACUUCCAUGACAGGCUCAUAGUCCUUUAUACUAAGAAAGCCCCACAACUAUCUGCUCAGGAGUUGGUUAUAUUCACGAAGAACAUGGCGGCUGCUGCCACCACAUGUUGCCCACUGAAUGAUGAGCAACAGUUUGUUUGCAUGGAGAACUCGGCAAAGCUAAUUCUUGGAGCUUUAUGCAGAAGACACGAGGCAGAGCCUAUCAAUGCUGGUGUGGGUCACUGCUGUGAUGACUCGUAUGCCUUCAGGAAGCCUUGCUUUGAUGAUCUGCAAGUAGAUGAAACUUACAUUUCUCCACAUUUAUCCUGUGACCAAGUCGUCAACCUUAAUGAGGACUUGUGCAGAGCUCAGGAGGAGGAAUUACAAACUGAAAAGCAAAAGCUUCUCAGCAACCUUGUGAAGCAGGAACCAUAUGCAGCAGAGAUGCAGUUCCAAUCAGUUAUUGUGGAUUUUGCUCACCUGGUGGAGAUGUGCUGUCAAGCAGAGAAAAGUGAAAUGUGUCUCCAAGAAGAGGGGUCCAAACUGAUCAAAAAGUGCCAGUCUCUUUUGGGAGGCUAA